AUGGCGCUGACCACCGAGGCCACUUGGACCGAGAGAAAGGGAACAUUCUACAAUAUAAAUGAUCGGAUUAUGGAUCGCAUGUUGCGCACAUUAGACGAGUCAUGGAGUCCCUGCAAGCAUUUCUACAGGUAUUCCAAUGGGCGACAUACCGAGGGCUUUGACGUGAAUCCCGGAAUGCUGUUUGCUGACUCGUUAGAGGAGCAGAUAAACGCCAAGUUACAUGACGUCUUCGAGAAGUUCAAGAAUCGAUCCCACAAAGAAGGCAGCAUGGAGGAAAAGGUCUUCAGGCUGUACAACUCCUGCGAAGCGGCGAGAAGAGAGAACCGGAGCUCAAAUAUUUUCCUAGACGUAAUGAGGCCAGAUGUUAAUCUCUCCUGGCCUUUGUAUAUGCCAGAAGGCAGGGAAUGGCCAAAAGACCAAUUCCGGUGGCUGGACACCCUGGCCCGAAUGAGUCGCUAUGGACUGCGGAACUUCCUGUUCCAUGUGAGUCUCCGUGUGGAUAGCGAGGAUAAUCGAAGCUACAUUACACGUAUGAGUCUGCAGAAGCUGGAAGCUGAGUACGGAAUAAACCUUAUGAAGUUUUUCAAGAUUGCUCUUGACCGGAAGCUCGACCCGAAUACCGAGAUCCUAGUGGAUGUGGGAUACCUAACAGAGCUUAACCAAAUGCUGAAUUCCUACGACCAGGAGACUGUGGCCCACUACCUAAUGGAGCGCUUUGGAACAUUCAUGACUUCCUAUGAGAAGAAGGAUAAUUAUCAGUGUAUCGUCGCUGUCAGGACCUCCAUGAAAGCCGCCUGUGAGAAGCUGUAUAAGAAGCAUAUCCUGGGCGAAACCCAGGAGCUCGAGGCUCAGGUCCAAAGAGUGUUCGAGGCAAUAAAGAAGCAGUUUAGCCGGAGGCUGACGGCAAAUCGCUUGAAUCUAUCGACCACUUACAUAUCUAACCUGCGGAAAAAACUAGAAACUACGACUAUAAAUAUUGGUGUCCUGCCCAAGAAGAAGAAUCGCCAGAAGACGGACAACUAUUUAUAUGACAAACUCAAGUUCAACUUCGAUGAUGAUUUCGCGACUAUGCAGUUGAAUGCCCUGGAUGUGCUAGCGAAGUCCGAAGACCUUUUCCAAGAUAAAUUUGAUACAUUAAUUGGUUCCAUUAUUAUUUAUCCGGGUUUCACAAUUGAAUUCGGAAGCAAUCGCACAAUCUUUAUUCCCUAUGACCUUCUGGAGGAGCCUAUCUUUAUGACUCAGAGUCACGAUGUCUUCAAGGUGAGCCUGCUGGGCUACAUUAUUGCGGAGCAACUCCUGAAAGCCCUAUAUCCCAUGUACAUUGACUUCGACUGCAAGCAUUACAAGGAAUUUAUUGAUUUAUUGGACAAUAAUCAGCUCUAUUGGGACCGAUCCUCCGCAUGCUCCUCUCGACACCAAGUUGAUGAACAGAACUGGUGGGGACUCCAUCUGGUUGUGUUGAAUAUAGUUCACGAUGCCUACUUUUCCCCGGACUCUGGAUUCAGCCAAGAGCAGCCAGACUUCACCAGCAAGCCGCUGAAGCAACUCUUUUUCCUGAACGUCGCCCAGUACAUCACCGCAUAUAACUUUUUUUGGACGGAGUCGACUUCAGCCCCGACAAUUCCGGAUUCCCCAUCUGAAAAGGAUCUUUUCUACAACACGGUUUUUAGAAUGCCUUCUUAUGCUGAGGCCUUCAACUGCUCGACCAGUGAUUAUAUUGUAGAUGUAGAGUUAUGA